AUGGUGAAAGAGGUGUUCUCCAAAUGGGGAUUUGAAUCUGAACUGAAUGACCUGAUUAACACUGUCUCGGAAGUAGGGAGUGUGUUUCGUGAUGUGGGUGCUAAGCACGAGCUUUCUGUCGAAACACGAGAGUGGGUUCAGAAGCUCAAGGAUGCUGUUUGUGAUGCUGAUGAUUUGUUUGAUGAAAUACUUACAGUGGCUGCUCAGACUAAGGGCCGCUUCCAACGUAACAAUAAACUUCCUGAUAAGGUACGCGAUUUCUUUUCUGAUAGCAGAAUGUCUCAGUGUGUUAAGAGUAUAAGGAAUCAGUUGGGUAACAGUAGUUGUACUUGUAUUUGUCAUGGUAAUACUGGGUUUGAAGUUGAUUAUCAGCUUAUUAUGGGGGGUGAGUGUGACAUUCGUUCUCGUAUAAAUGUCAGAAAUAAUGAGAUUGUUGGGAGGAAGGAUGACAUGAAUGCUGUAAUAGAUUUGCUGUUGUUGGAUACUAAUAAUUUGAAAGAUGAUGUUUCUUUCAUUACAAUUGAGGGAGUUCGGGGAAUGGGGAAAACCGCUCUUGCUCAACUUGUAUAUAAUGAUCAAAGGGUAAGAGAUGAGUUUUCGUUGAGAUUGUGGGUUCAAGUCUCAAAUGGAGAUGGAGGUAAACUCAACGCGAAUGAGAUUCUUGGGAAAAUUUUAGAGGCUGCAGGACGGUUUUAUACAGAUACUGAUGAUUUAUUGAGCAUAGAACUUACAGAAGAGCUUAGAGGGAAGAAAUACUUGAUUGUUCUAGAUGAUGUUAGUGGUAAGGAUCAAGAAGAGUGGGUUGCUUUAAGAAAGUUUUUAAUGUUCAGUGUAGGGGGGAGUCGGAUUAUAGUUACUACAUGCUCGAAUGAUACUACGAGGGCUAUAAGGAGCGAACAUACAUAUGAGUUGAAAGGUUUGUCCAAGGAGAAUUCAUGGCUUUUGUUAGAGAUGACUUCUUUUGGGAAAGGGCAAAAACAUGUAAUCCACCCUGAAUUAGCUGAAAUAGUUGAAAAGUGUGAGGGGUUUCCUCCUGCUAUAAAAGAGCUAGGUAUUGUUAUAUUUAGUCAGGAUAUUAACAAAUUGGGUUUGUCUGAAGAGCACGCAUUAGCCACAAAUGAUGAAGAUAAUAGGACUCCAUUGACACAUAAUCUUAUCCCUAAUAAUCUAGAAACUCGAUUGAAGAGUUGCUUGAGUUAUUGUGCAAUGUUCCCUAAGGAUUUUAUCAUUGAUAAAAAGAUGUUGCUCGAGCUGUGGAUGGCGCAAGGAUAUGUUGUGCCACUUGAUGGUCAGAGCAUGGUGGAUGCUGCUGAAGAAUACUUCUCAAUAUUGUUAAUCAGAUGUUUGCUGCAACCUGUGAAAUUGGAUGAAUAUGGCGAGGUUGUGUCUUGUAAAGUCCAUAGUCUUUUAGAUGUUGGAGCACAGGAGAUAUGUGUAGUGGAUUCUACUGCAGAUAAUAACAUGGUCGAGAAUAAUGUCCUACAUUUACAUCAUAUUGGAAGUGAAUGUCGUGAAAGCUCUUUUCCUAAGAGUAGAAUUCGUUCUUUUAUUCAUGGCAUUUUUGAUCGCUCAUUUCCACCACUAGAAAAUCUUGUAUCAAGUUGGAUGUGUCUAAGGGCAGUAGACUUGCAUGAGUUAAACAUUGAUAGUUUGCCAGAAUCGAUAAGUAAAUUAUUGCAUUUAAGGUAUCUUGAUCUCUCUCAUAAUCAUCUUAGAAGACUUCCAAAUUCAAUCACUAAACUACACAACCUGCAAACUCUGAAUCUAGAUGGUUGCACUAAUUUAGAACAGCUGCCAUGGGAUAUAUAUAAACUGGUGAACCUUAGGAGCUUAAAUAUUAAUUCCUGUGCGAUGUGUUCUAUGCCUUUAGGCAUGGAUAAAUUGACAUGUCUUCAUGUUCUCACUGACUUUCAAGUAGCGGAAGAGAGCGUAAGUGAUAAGGAGGAAAGUUCGAGUGAAGAUGACAGUUCAAAUAGCGGUGAGAAAAAUGUGGGCACGUUAAAAGAUCUGAAAGCUCUCUCAAAUCUAAGAGGCUCGAUUAGCAUCUCGAUCCCUGCAGAGUAUAAAGAUGUCAACGACAAUCACAUCCUUGAAGGAAGAGGAGGAUAUUUAGGGAGCAUGGAGCAUCUUAAGGAAGUAUCUAUAGAGUUUCAAGGCCAUGAGUAUGGUGAUGAACUAGCAAUCAAUCAUGAAGAUUUGCUAGAAAAAUUACAGCCACAUUCUAAUCUCAAAGGGGUAGGAUUGUGGUAUUAUCAAGGUACGAGUUUUACAAGGUGGACAUCCAGUCUCCCAAACCUUAUCAAGAUAGAGAUCGAAUCUGCCAUGGGGUUGCAACAUCUCUCGUUGCUCAGCAAGCUGCAGUACCUGAAGUUGCUGACAGUAUCAAGUAUGGACAAUUUAGUUUAUAUGGAGGAUACAAACGGCAGAAGCAGCAGCAGUGAUUAUGCACAAGAACCCUCAAAUUUCACUUUCUUUCCCUCCCUCGAAGAGCUCAGCAUAAGCUAUAGUCCCAUGCUGAAAGGGUGGUGGGAAGGUGAUCAACAUCAACAGCUUGUUGCUGCGGAUGGUAGCUGUUGGCAACCAUCAUUUAAGCGCCUUUUCAAAUUGUCAAUCUUGGGGUGCCCUAAACUAGAGUCAUUUCCUCCAUGUCCGAGGGUGAAAACACUGAGCUUGAGCAAACUUGAUGAAAACUUCAAAAUAAUGGAGUUUAGGGAUGUCGUCGAUGAUUACAAUGAUCAUAAUCGCCCUUCAGCACUGAGAAAGGUAAAUGUUUUCGAGAAUAUUGGCUAUCUAAAGUCACUGUCAAUGAGCUCUGUCACAAGCCUCAGCAUAACAUGGGAUCAUAAGGUGGAGAGAUUAUCCCAAGCUAAGGAGGCAUUUAGAAGCUGCUCCUCUUCUUUGCGUAGGCUUACAAUCCAAGGUUGUGAGAACUUGAGGAGUGUUUCUCAAGGGUUAGAGUACCUCACUGUCCUAGAGUCUCUUUCAGUAAUUCAAUGUCCAGUUUUAACCUUCUCCGAGGAGGAUGACAGCAAUGAAGACGAUGGCAUGCCUUGGAGAGCCCUUCAUCAGAGCCUCCGUUCCUUAGAGCUUUGGGGAGUUGAAAGCAUGAGCCUUCUUCCUAGUGGGAUGCAGUACUUGUCCGCCCUUCAGGACCUCACCAUUGAACGUUCUCAGGAAUUUAAGGCUUUACCAGAAUGGAUAGGCUGUUUAUCAUCUCUCAAGUCCCUUCGGGUUAAGUGUUGUUUGGAGUUCGAUUCAUUGCCAGAAACAAUGAGGAGCCUCACCAAUCUGAAGCUACUUGAUCUGAGUUAUUGUAAGCAAGGCUUGAAGGAAAAAUGUCAAAAUCCAACUGGAAAUGAUUGGCCGAAGAUUCAACACAUAUCCUCCAUUAUCAUUUCUGAAUGA